UCGCUUUUGUUUAUAACUGGUGUGUUUGGGUCGAAAAUGUUCGAAGGCGAUUUGAACGUUAACGAUUUUCUGCGGACUGAUUUGAUGCCGACCUAUUUCAUUGUGGAACAACCAGAUGCUAAUGUUUCUGUGUCCAACUUUAAUAAUGUUGUGAAUUAUGUGAACGGGUCCAUCGACGCUGCAUUAUCUACCCUGGAGUACCACAGAAAAAUGAUGAACGAAUACCGCUGCCGCAACUUUAUCGCCGAACAGAUCCUCGAAGAGAUGGGCAAGCCGGUGAUGCAAAACCGGCUCGGCACAGCAUUCGGCCAGACCCUGACUCGACGCUCGCAGGACCCCAGGACCAACAUCAUGUAUGAUGUGGGCUCGGCUAACUAUCAGGACUGGCUUGCUAAAAUAGCAGCUCUCAACGACGUCUAUCGACAAUACAAUGCCGCGAGUGCUGUGACUCCCAUCUCCAACUCUUCGGACCAGCUGCAGACCAGGGACGGGUACGAGGUGUAUGAGGGCGGUGACGUCACGGGGUACCAGGAACAAGAGCAUCCAGUCAAUCAUGACGUUGCUAAGUUUAGCGGUGCCUACGAAUACUCGAUGCCCCCUCCCCCUCCGCCGAUCUACCACCACCCCGCGGCCGUGCACGAAGAGUACGUGAUCGAAGACAAACACCACGGGUUAGGGCUGAGCGAUCUCUUCGACAUAUCGCUCACUGGCAUCGCCUUCUUGAGCUUUGGUAUGUUUGUGCUUCAGGUGCUGAUGUGCAUUUGUUCGAAUCCUCAGCAACCCCAGGUAAUGCAGAUGGUAGACAGCAGCAGCGCCAGCGACUCAGUAAACGUCGACGAAGUGUUCCGUUUCAAGCGCGACGAAGAACAUUCUAGAAGGAAACGUGACCCAAGAAUCGCUACAGUUAACACCCUGGCCAGAUAUGCGAUGAUAGCGCUAAAGCCGCGCUCGACUCCUUGCUUAUACAGGGCGCUGUGUGUGGGGAAUGGAAGGGCGAGGAAUAUGCAGGAUGGUAACAAAUACUGGUUGCCGAUUUGGAAUGCUGGCGUAGCAUGGACGCGCGGUAAAACGCUGGGUGCGCUGCGCGCGGCGGCGCUCGGGCUAGGCGGCGCUGACUGCGACGCGCUCUAUCCGCCCGCACACUGCUCCUGAAGAAACUCAGCAUUUGAAAAAAUAUGA